AUGGCAGAUAUCAACGUAGACGUUCUUGUUAUUGGAGCUGGACCAACUGGUCUUGGAGCUGCAAAGCGUUUAAAUCAAAUUAAUGGUCCAUCUUGGAUGAUCAUUGACUCAAAUGAAACUCCAGGAGGUCUGGCAUCUACCGAUACAACUCCUGAAGGCUUUCUCUACGAUGUUGGCGGACAUGUUAUUUUCUCCCACUACAAAUACUUCGACGACUGCAUCGACGAAGCUUUACCAAAUGAAGAAGAUUGGUACACACACGAGCGCGUCUCCUAUGUCCGCUGUAAGAACCUUUGGGUUCCUUACCCAUUCCAAAAUAACAUCUCCGUUCUGCCAAAGGAGGAACAGGUCAAAUGUGUCGAUGGCAUGAUUGAUGCUGCAUUAGCAGCCCGCACCGCUACAACGAAGCCAAAGGAUUUCGAUGAGUGGAUCGUUAGAAAUAUGGGUGAAGGAAUUGCCGAUCUGUUUAUGAGACCAUACAACUACAAAGUCUGGGCAGUUCCAACCACUGAUAUGCAAUGCGCAUGGCUCGGUGAGCGUGUCGCAGCUCCAGAUGUCAAAACUGUCAUCAAGAACGUUAUCCUCAACAAGACCGCUGGAAACUGGGGUCCUAACGCCACUUUCCGCUUCCCUGCUCGCGAUGGUACUGGUGGUAUCUGGAUUGCCGUUGCUAAGACUAUACCAACAGAGAAUACCUUGUUCGGGAAGGAAGGAGAGGUUAAGAAGGUCAACGCUGAUGCUCACACUGUCACUCUCUCGAGUGGUAAGACUAUUGGCUACAAGAAGUUGAUUACCACCAUGGCCGUGGAUCAACUUGUCGAACAGAUGGAAGAUAAGGCACUCAUUACUUUGAGCAAAGAUCUAUUCUACUCAACAACCCACGUUGUCGGUGUUGGCAUUAGAGGAGAGCGACCAGAGAACAUUGGAGACAAGUGCUGGCUCUACUUUCCUGAGGACGACUGCCCAUUCUACAGAGCAACCAUCUUCUCAAAUUACUCCCCAAAUAACCAGCCAGAAAAAUCUGUCAAGCUUCCUACCUUGUAUCAUGCAGAUGGUAGUAAGCCAGAGUCUUCUGAGCCCCAAGAAGGUCCUUACUGGUCCAUCAUGUUGGAGAUCUCCCAAUCUACCAAGAAGCCAGUCGAUGUCGAGAACAUCCUUAGGGAUUCGAUUCAAGGUCUGAUUAACACUGAAAUGAUCAAGUCUGGCGAUGAGAUUGUCUCCACUUAUCACAGAGCCUUUCACAAGGGAUACCCAACCCCACAUUUACAACGCGAGGGCGUCCUGACGGAGCUGUUGCCAAAGCUCCAAGAGAAAGACAUCUAUUCCAGAGGGCGUUUCGGUUCAUGGAGAUACGAGGUUGGAAACCAGGACCACUCGUUCAUGUUGGGUGUUGAGGCAGCAGAUCAUAUUGUGAACGGAGCUGUUGAGCUCACUCUCAAUUACCCGGAUUUUGUGAAUGGCAGAAAGAACACUGAGAGAAGACUUGUCGAAGGCACUCAAGCGUUCCAGAAAAAAGAUUUAGCUACACGCCUCGCCAACUAG